CCAUCGAUGAAAAUAUGAAGUUGUAACGUAGGUAUAUUUUUGUCAACUUAUUACGACAAUGCCUCACCCUUUAAUGCCAAACAGUUUCGCCUCAUACUUUCGCUCGCACCCUGGAAACACCCUCGAAAAAAUCAACAAACGCCCCCCUUACAAACAAGCAGGUUGGGCAAUACCUUUGCCCCGGUAUGUUAUGUCCGCAGUUCCGAUUGCACGUCGAAUAUGGGGUGGAACUAUGUAUGCGCUACCGAUACAUGCGGUACGGAUUGUCGAUGGGUAUGGAAUGUCAGGAUGCGCAGUGGAAUGCUUUUGAAUCGAUGAGCCUUAACAACGCCAACGUAAGGUGAAAAUUUUCUUUCUCCCAAGCUUGUUUGAGAUCGCACUUUACGUUCGGCAGUUUGCAGUGUGUGUGUUUGUGCGAUUGUUUGUCAAUUAGUUCCGUAACGAAAUCAGCCACUGCACACGAUGUGUAUCGGACGGGAGACAGUUUUACUGCGCGCAGGAGUUGAAUGUAACGCAUUCGACUGUGAAUCAGUAUUAAUUUGUGGUGCUUUUGCGGUACAACCAAACGGGAACUAGUGGUUUAGAGAGAAAUGUUUUAAAUUAAGUAAAAGCGUGCGAUAUAACUGUACAUUAAACAUUCGUGAGUUCAUACACAACAAGUGCAACAGUUAGCCAACAUCGAUCGAGAUUCAUUAUUUAGCUAAAAUAAUUGUGAGAAAAAUACUUCAUACUUGAUUUUGGUGCUGCUGAAUAAAAUGUAAAUGUACUGUGCAAUAUGUCCGGUAAAGGUGACGAUGAGUCAACAGGAAAUAGUGACAAAGAUUGGGAAAUAUUUGACGUACUGUGCGGCGAAGAGAACAUGCCAAAACAUCACACUUCACACUCUCCGGUGCAUCACCAUCAUCACCCACCUCCAUCUUGCAAUGAUCACUUGGCGCAUUCGAUCGAUCUGGCCACGACGCUCCGGAGUGAGCUGGCCGCAUCGACGUACAAGCGCGAUCGGCUUAUGGCCGAACUGUCGGACGUGAAGAGUUCGCUGUGUGCUAAGGAAGGUGAAUGCGAAUCGCUUCGUGCCCAAAGUGCCCGCCAAACGUCACUGAUCGGUUCGCUGCAGCAACGACUUGCAGCGGCCGAACAGCGUGAGAAGACACUGCACAGCCGCAGUGAAACGGUUGUACACACGCUGCACCGUGACAAGGGACACCUGGAGGAUAAGAUAAAGGAGCUGAGCGGCAAGCUACACCGACUGCAGUGUGAGCUAACGAAGGAGGAAGGACUACGCGAUCAGGCACGCUGUCAGUUGCAAGAUUUGGUCCGUCGGUUGUGUUUGGUGCUUGGGGUGGACGUGUGCGAUGGAGCACACCUGACGCCGGAAUGUGUACUCGCGAAGACGGGCGAAACGGUGACGGAAGUACAGAGACUUCGGGCAAAGUUGGCCGGUACCUGUGAGAACCUUUCGUCGACGGAAUCCGAACUGCUGAGCACGAAAGCUGCCGCAUCGGCAGAGAAGACACGUCUACACAGCCAAAUCGAGGCACUCCAGUCACUGUCCCAAGGGUUGGAAGGUCGUUGUCGGCAGGCGGAACGUGAUCUACAGGUGACGCGCGAUCGGUUGGCUGAAUGUGAAGUAAAUGGUGAUAAGCUGAGAGAGGAGUUGCGAGGAUUUGAGUCACGUUGCUGUCGAUUGCAAAACAGCUACGAUCGAUUGCAAACCGAGCGACUGCAGUUCCUGCGUACGAUCGCCACGAUCGUGGGAGUGAGUGAACCGUGCGAGAAUAAUUUGCGCGAUAAAAUCCGGGACCUGACCAACCACAACCAGGCGCUACACGACCAAGUGUCGCAGCUACGUGACCAACAUCAUCAGGAGGCUGCUAAGCAUCGUGAGCACCAGGAGUCCAGUGCCUGUCGGUUGAAGAGCGAGGAGCAACACCGGAUGAAUUUGGAGGAGAGACUGGAAAAAGCUUGCCAUGAGCUGCAACAUUUCCGUUCGGAGCACACGACGUUGAGUGAAUAUUUGUUGCGUCUAGCGAGGGCACUCUGUUGGAGUGAAUGCACGGAACCACCGGCUCCUGGUAGUGACACGACGAUCCUCAGCGAAACAUUGCUCGAGCGUGCUGAACGUCUCGCAAAUCAUCAUGAGAAUCAUGUUCAUGGGACGUGUGAUAAGAACUGUUGGGAGGCUAUCAACCAUCACCAUCAUCAUCAUCACACUUCGCAUUCCCAUUCGGCGACAAAGUUACGCCGAGAACGUUCCUGCACCGAUCUACCCCUGAAGGAAAGCUCCACACUGUACCAUAUGCAACGGAAGGUGCGCGUACUGAAGGAACAGAUUCAGCGACGCGAUCUUCAUCUCGAGCUGCUUAGGCGCAAGAUCGCACUGCUGGAGGAUAAUGCCAGGGGGAAAGCCACACUACAAACCGAGCGUGAUGAGGCAAUGCAUAAGGCGAGAAAGAACUCGAAGCAAGCCGAACGAACCACCCAGCAGCUGGCGGAAGUAAAGGCACAGCUGGCGGAAGUUAAGAUGCAGCUGACGGAAGCUUCCGAGUAUAAGAUUACGGCGCUCGAGCGAGGUCGGAAGUGUGAUGAACUGCAAUCGCGGCUGUGCGAUUUGGAGACGGAGCGGGAACGAUUGGUAGGACACCUGGCGGCGUACAAAUCGCGUGCCAGGUCAGCAGUAGAAUCGUCACACGAUCGGCGUGUACGAGAUGAGCAUGCGCUGUCGCAUCUGCGAGAGGAGCUGUCUCGUGUGAAAUCGCAGCUGGCCGACACGAACCAUCGAUUAUCGCAGCUGCAGGUCUUCCGGACGUCGGUUGCCAAGCUGCUGCACGUGUCGGACUGUGCGGAUUCGGACAUACUGCAGAAAUUGCAAUCGGUGUGCAGCAGCCACGGUCAUCAUCAUCAGCAUCAUCGGCACCAUAGUGCAUCGAAUCUGUCGCGCCGGUAUGAUUCCUCAUCGCCGACUGGGGAUACGGCGCACAUCUCACGCUAUGACGACAUGCUGGCGGGUGGCGGCAGUGGAGGUGUUGGCGUCGGGUCACAGUCCAUCGGUUGCCGACCGCUCAGCUCCAGCCCGGUACACAACCGGCGAUACAUUGAUUCCGGCUUCAACGAUCACGAUCAUCAUUUCGAUGAUGAUUUCGAUUUUCAUAAGAAAUAUUAGCACACAGGGAAAAAUCCCACCCUAGCCACCGGAACGUGUGUUCGACGACGAGACGAUGUUGCGGUUUCACCACUGCCAGCAAAAAAAAGACGUUCGGAAAAUGUGUUUGAAUGUAUGCAACAGGAAAUAAAGCAAAGUUAUAUUGUUUGGCA